AUGGCGUUUUUGUGGAUUACUGUGUUAACUAUUUUAGCGAGUCGAGGGAUUUUUGCAAGUUAUCGCGACUGUUCGAAUAUUGGAGACAUAGGGGGCUGUGACGAAUGCAUCCGAUGUGGUGGUAAUUGGUGCAACGAUCCUUACGAAAGUAAGAGAUGCAGUUUGGAUCCGCCAGAUGGCUGGUGUAUCGGACUAAUGGAAAAGAUACCUCUAGAGAAUAGGGUCGCUGAAGCUGGCAGCCAUUUUACCCCGAAAUAUGCUGUCAGCACAGUGAGGAUUGGCAGGGACGAGAGCCUAUCAAUACAGUACUCAUCUAAGGAAAUCGAUCCGAAGGUGGAGUUUGUCGUCAACACGACACAAAGCUCAGACUUUCACGUUAAGAAGACAACGUCAUGUGAAAAUGGUGUUUGCACGACCACAGUGGAUGUGUCACCUGAGAUCAACUUCUGUUCAGCCAAAGGGCAGACGUUUGAGUACUUCAACGUCAAGCUUAGUGUUCAGAAUAUAACUGAGGAGGCGGUUAUGAAGUUCCACGUACCGUGUGCGUGUGGAUGCAGCAGUAAAGUGGAGUUGCAGUCGCCAAGGUGUAAUGGAAGAGGCAGCUUUUCGUGCGGUGUCUGUUCUUGUGAUAAAGGAUGGUCUGGUACAUUUUGUGAAACGCCAAUUUGUGAGAAGAAACGCGGAGAUGUCCCUUGCACGGAUUCAGCCAGAAGCGAUAUCGAGUGUUCCGGCAACGGUGUCUGCGGACCCUGCGACGAGUGCGUCUGUUUUACCGACAGACCCGGAUCCCAAUACUAUGACCAGGAUAAUUUCUGCGCAGACAUCUGCAUGACGACAAAUGACUGCGACGAGUGCUUCCACAACCCCACCCCUGGACGAUGUGACCUGUGCCACUUCCCCUUGAUCAGGCAGACGUAUAACGAGUCUCUGGUGGCACAGAAAGACGAUUUCAAUAGAAAAGUGUGGGUGACAUGUAAUGAUACAUUGGACGGUUGCUACUUUGAGUAUGUGGCUAUGAAGUCGAAUGAUCAGACAUACUAUAUGGUGACGAGGUCCUGCGAUCCGACUGAGGAGAAACAAGUGACUGGCGGUGUUAAUGUCACGCUGCCAAUAGUACUCGGGGUGAUAGCCAUUGUAGCAGCAGUUGCAGCAACAGCGGGUUAUAUAGUGUGGAAAAAUAGGCCCCCAGCGUUGCCUCUUAAUGACCCUAUGUACCAGAACAUCGGCGCUGAAGACUGCACGGGAGAAAAUCCGUUGUACAAACCGCCGACGUCGUCUUUCAAGAACCCUACUUAUGGCAAAUGGUAG